UGGUACUUAAAGAAUCCGCUUUUUUUUUUUUUAUUUUUUUUAUUUUUCAUGUUUUAUGAUUCCUAGAAAUCCGAAAAAGAGGAACAAAAGAAAGCGAACGAAUUAUGGAAAGUAUGCUGAGUCAUUGACUCGCUGAGUUCAGUAUACGAGUUCCCACUGUCAUAUUUGCUGAAAUGGAUAUAUUAACUUUCGGGAUUAUAAUCGCAGCAAUCGUGAUCUUUUUUGGCAUUGUUUGCUUCAUCACCGUCGAAGGCACCUGCAAACGCCGUUCUUCUUAGGGACACUACGGACCUAGCUCUUAAGCCUCUAAAGUUAUCUUCUCUUUGGUUUUUAAGGCCAUUUGGUUCCGAUUUUUUGACUGCUAAUUUAAUUCCCUAUACAAAGAAAAAUAAUGUCUUCGAAGAAAUUGGUGUCGUCGCUGGCGUUGGCUUUAGGGCUGUUUUUGGAUCUGUGCGUCGGGAGCGGAUUAUGUGCGUCGAUGUCGCAUGAGAGCCACGGGCACCAUCACCACUGCGAUCAUGGUCACGGCCAUCACCGUCACAAGCCCGACCAUUAUCAUCAUCAUCAUUACCACGAGCACGACAAUGGAAAGGAGCUGACCGAGCGGAAGCUACCGGAGGAAUUGGCCGAAGAGGAGGAUAUGAGAUUGUACGGCUUCGGUCCCUAUGACGAUCACGGUCACGAUCAUGAUCAUGAUUCACAGCUCUCGGGUUUAGGUCUUUGGUUCCGUGCAUUGGGCUGCUCACUUUUGGUGAGUUUGGCUUCUCUUAUUUGCCUGAUUAUCUUGCCAAUCAUUUUCGGAAAGCCAAGGGAAAGACAUCCUGGAGUUGGACUUUAUCUCCUUCACAGCUCAUUAAGGCUUCAUAUACCUCUUCUUAAGAGUAAGUUUGACUCAUUAAUUAACACAAUAUCUUUUGCAGGUGGCGAACAUUCCCAUUCACAUCAUGUGGACCAUGGUCAUCAUUUACAUUCUGGACACGAGCAUUCUCAUUCUCAUUCACAUUCUUUGAAAGAUCUUUCUGUUGGAAUGUCAGUUCUGGCUGGGAUUGUACUCUUCUUGGUUGUGGAGAAGCUGGUGAGAUUUGUUGAGGAAAACUCUGGAGGAGUUGAUGCAUGGGGCUCUGGCCAUCACCAUCAUCAUCAUAAGAGCACUAAGAAAUUGAAGGAUGAGGACAAUCAUGGUAAAACACUAUCUCAAACUUCCAGCAACGAAAGGAAAUCAUUAAAUAAAAUCUCAGAUGAUUCUUUGGAUGGAGAAGGUGAUGAUCAACCAAAAUCUCCUCUUCGGAAGAGAAUGACUUCUACUGGUUAUAGCAGUGUUAAGCCGGAUAUAGAUGCUGCAGAUGUGUCGAAAAAUAAUAUUAAACUUUCGGACAAAGAAGAACUUGCUCAGUCAUCAAAUCUUGUCUUUGGUUACCUCAAUCUGUUUUCUGAUGGUGUUCAUAAUUUUACUGACGGAAUGGCUUUAGGAAGUGCUUUCCUUCUUUAUGGCUCUGUUGGUGGGUGGUCUAGAACUCUGUUUUUGCUUGCACAUGAGCUUCCUCAAGAGGUUGGUGAUUUUGGCAUUCUGGUAAGAUCUGGUUUCAGUGUAUUCAAAGCACUAUUCUUUAACUUUCUCUCAGCUUUGGUGGCACUAGCUGGAACUGCAACGGCUUUACUCUGGGGACAAGAUCCAGGGCAGUCCUCUUUGAUCGAGGGAUUUACAGCGGGUGGGUUCAUUUACAUUUCUGUUGCUGGCGUGCUUGCAGAAAUGAACAAUACUGGGAAAACAACAUUGAAAAGUACAGCACUGCAAUUAACUUCACUGGUACUUGGCAUGGUGGUGGCCCUUUGUAUUUCUCUUGUAGAAUGAGAAUUCAUAUACAUCUGUGUAAAUUGUACCCCAAUUUUAUUUGAAAAUUUUUUCAAGCAUAAACUAGGUAUUUUUACUCAUGUAUUCAAUAUCUUCACUAGUGAAUAGAGUAAGCUUAGCUUCUGCUUUGAUCUCGAGAGUUACGGAAGAGGCAGAGAGGAUUCAUUAAUUGAUCAAAGAGUGUUUAUUUUGGAAGUUGGUUUUUCGGAGAGGUAUUUAUUUUUUAAGAUAGUUACUUCAGCAUAUUGAGGCCAUUUGGAUUAACUUCUUAUUUCUUUUCUUUUGUGGUUUUAAGUUAAAUGUAAUUUUUACUCUUAAUGAGAUCUGAUCUUAUACACA